GAAUUUCACUGAUGUUUUCGCUCUUUUCACUUCACUGCUUUCGAUCUACCUCACACUCUCUAAACCCCACUCCAUUCUCCUUUCCUCCUACAGCGCCGCAGUGCAAUGGGAUGCGCGGCGUCGAGGCUGGACAAUGAAGACACAGUCCGGCGCUGCAAGGAGCGUCGCCGCCUGAUGAAAGAAGCAGUCUAUUCCCGUCACCACCUCGCCUCAGCACACGCCGACUACCUCCGCUCCCUCCUCCUUACCGGUUCCGCUCUCACUCGCUUUGCGGCCGGUGAACCACUCUCUGUGUCUGAACAAACUCCUCCCGUUUUCCUCCAUCAUUAUUCAGCCGCUCCCUCUGCCGUUUCCUCUCUCCCUCCUCCAACUCCUGCAUCUUCCAUUCCCCGGCCCCCGGCUUUCCAUACCCCCUCCCCCUACACUCCCUCCAUCACUAAUUCCAAGCUCCCUCACAUCCUUUCCGACUCUAGCGUCCCCUCCACCCCCUCAGCCGCCCCUGCCCCCUCAGCUUCCAAGCGUCAUUCCAAUCGCUUCUCUUCCACUUAUGCUACGACACCCUCCCAAGCCUCCUCCGUCUGGGACUGGGAGAAUUUCUACCCUCCCUCUCCUCCCAGCUCCGAUUUCUUCAAUCAGCUCAAGGAGGAGGAAGAGAAAGAAGAAUCACCCCAUGCUGAGCCCGAAGAAAACAAUUAUCACGAGGGGCACCAUCUACCUCAGGAGGAUGACGAGGGUGACAAUAGCUCGGUGGUGCAUGAUUUCCCACAUGGACACUAUGACAGCAGUUCGAGUUCGUCGACCAAAUCCGACUGUGACGAGGAGGAGGAAAGGUACUCGAGAUCUGAGAGCACGGCCCCGAGAUCCGACUUCGGGGGAUCGUCGUCGUUGGACGUCGGCGCCCGUGUCCGACCGGCGCCAUCUGAGAGCGGAUCCACAUUCACCGCCCCGGGGAAAUCGCUUCGGCGGGAGAGAUCAGAGUUUAGAUCCAACUCCGCCGGUUGGAACGGAAGGGACGAUUGUUCUUCUUCCGUCACCGAGGAUCUCAGGUUAGUUGUGCGCCACCGCGAUCUGGCGGAGAUCGUUUCUUCUCUCGAGGAGUACUUUGCGAAGGCUUCCGCCGCCGGUGAGCCCGUCUCCGAUCUACUCGAGAUCGGACGCGCGCAGCUCGAACGCAGCUUUCGGCAUCUCAAGAAAACUGUUUACCAUUCAAAUAGCGUGCUGAGUGCUAUAUCUUCAAGCUGGUCUUCAAAGCCGCCAUUGGCAAUAAGGUAUCAACUCGAUACCGGUACGCUCGAAAAGUCAGGCGUGGAGAAGAGCCAUGCCUCUACACUGGAGCGGCUUUUUGCUUGGGAGAAGAAGCUUUACGAAGAGGUUAAGGCAAGGGAGGGUGUGAAAAUUGAGCAUGAGAAGAAAUUAUCUUCAUUGCAAAGCCAGGAGUAUAGGGGAAAAGACGAUGCAAAGUUAGACAAGACAAAGGCUUCCAUCAACAAGUUGCAAUCUCUUAUCAUCGUUACUUCUCAAGCUGUUUCCACCACUUCUUCUGCAAUCGCCCAAGUCCGAGAUAAUGAGCUCGUCCCUCAAGUUGUUGAUUUGUGCUUUGGCUAUCUAAGCAUGUGGAGAUCAAUGAAUCAGUUCCAUGAGAUCCAGAACCAUAUAGUUCAACAAGUCCGAGGCCUCAUUCAUCGACCACUCUCUGGUCAGUCCACAUCUGAUCUGCACCGUGUCGCCACUCACGACCUCGAGGCUGCUGUUUCCUCAUGGCACUCUAGCUUUAACCGCCUUAUCAAAUUCCACCGCGAGUACAUCUGUGCGCUCCAUGCAUGGGUUAAGCUAACUCUACUUCCUGUGAGUAGCGAUGGUCCUCAAAAGCAGAAUUCUUCUCCCAUUGCCAUCGAGCUCACAGCCUUCUGUGAUGAGUGGAAACAGGCUCUUGCUCACCUCCCUGACACCGUGGCUUCCGAGGCUAUCAAGAGCUUUAUGAACGUCGUUCAUGUCAUCUCCACGAAGCAGGAGGAAGAGUUGAAGGUGAAGAAGAGAGCUGAAGCGUAUUCAAGAGAGCUUGAAAAGAAAUCCACUGCUUUGAGAAACAUCGAAAGGAAGUACUACCAAUCCUAUUCCAUGGUUGGAGUAGGGAUUGCCGGAGGGGAUGGCCCCAAUGGCCAAGUGCUCGAUGCUCGUGAUCCGCUUGCGGAGAAGAAAUCUGAAAUUGCAGUAUGUAGGAGGAAGGUGGAAGAUGAGAUGGUUCGGCAUGCGAAGGCGGUUGAGGUCACCAAAUCCAUGACGCUGAACAAUAUACAGACUGGCCUGCCUGGUGUUUUCCAGGCAAUGACUGGAUUCUCUGGAUUGUUUGCAGAGGUGCUGCAAGGAGUGUGCCGAAGGGCUGGGUCUGUGAAGUAAUGAUAGAAGCAUGGAUUCCUUUCUCUCAGAUUGUUAUGAGCUCACUGAAAAUUUUCAUGGGAAAAAGCGUAUAGUUACAUAGUUAUAAUUUGAAGGGGAAGUUCUGAUAUUCCAUAUGUUUUGUUCUGUGAGCAGAAUUUAGCUUGCUGUAGAUAGCAGCUUUAUAUCAUUUUGAUAUAUAUUUUUAUAUGUAUUUUUUGUCCCUACCAAAAGAAGGGUUGGAGGGGCUUUGUACAUGUUAAGAAAUGGAGGGGUUGAAGAUGUGGUUGGCAUGUUGGCGUCCUAGUGAAAUAAAAGAGCUACUGUUUCUAUA